AAAUCCCGGAAGAAAACAACAGGAUGUGUUGGACCGCGACAAUGAAUUAUGCUCUCCUGUUCGUUCUUGUUGCCAUAUAUUCAUGUUAUUGCGGCCAUAUAUUCAUGUUAUUGCUUUAUGCAGCAAGCACAAAUACUGCUGUUGUUUCAGCAUGAAGCUCGCAUUCGGUACGAGAAAUUUAUACAGUCGUUUUUGGCACGGAGAAGACGCAUUGCAAGACGAUAUCGGAGAAAGCGGGCGAUGCUCCAAAAGCUGAACCAACUCGUGUUUCGGAGACAUUUUCGCAAAUCUCUUCGGAGUGUGUGGACCUAUCAAAGACCUGGGAUCUGGUGGCAGUAUGUGAAUAACAACUGGACAGAUGUAGAGUGGAGUGCGAACUUCAGAAUGGGAAGAGCUACUUUCAAAAAUCUAUGUAACAUGCUUCGUCCCUGGUUGACACGUCAAAACACCAAAUACAGACAGGCUGUGCCCGUUGAACUUCGAAUAGGAAUAUGUCUUUGGAGGCUGGCCACCAACCUUGAAUAUAGGUCUAUUUCACAUUUAUUUGGUGUUGGACUUUCCACUUGUUGCCUUAUUACUCAAGAGGUGGUGACUGCUAUUAACAUUAUCCUGAAACCAAAGUACAUUAGGCAACCCACUGCACCAGAAAUGAAAGUUAUUGUGCAAGGGUUUAGAGACAAAUGGCGUUUCCCUCAAGUGGCUGGUGCUAUCGAUGGCACGCAUAUCAAAAUACGUGCCCCAACAGAUGACCCUGCCUCCUACUACAACCGGAAAGGAGACUAUUCUAUUAUUCUUCAGGCUGUAGUCGACCAUCGCAUGAGGUUUUGGGAUAUUAAUGUGGGUCAUGCAGGUAAAAUACAUGAUGCGCGUGUAUUUGCACUGUCUUCUUUGUACCAAAGAGGCAUAAAUGGAACUUUACUCCCGGACUGGACGGAAACAUUUGAGGGUGUUGACGUGCCACUGGUUCUGCUGGGGGACUCUGCAUAUCCACUACUCCCAUGGCUCAUGAAACCUUAUCCAGAGGGAGCAGGAGUUACACCAGAACAGAUCAACUUCAACUUCAAGCUGAGUCAGUCCCGCAUGACAGUUGAGCGUGCGUUUGGGCGCCUUAAAGGACGCUGGCGUUGCCUGCUAAAAGUUUGCGAUGCCCACAUUACAUUUGUCAGUCAAAUUGUCUCUGCGUGUUGUGUUUUACACAACUUUGUUGAAGUGCAUCAUGAGGACUAUUUGAAUGAAGAGACUGAGGCUGAGGAAGAGAUUGAAGCUGUUCCAGAGGGGAGAGGUGGUGAUAAUCAGCAACAAUCAGACAUUCGAAAUGCCUUGUGUAGAUAUUUUUCAACGUGGUAAAAAGACAAAGUUAUUUUUGUGAGUGUGUUUAUAAUUACGAUGGUUAAAAAAAAACAUCAACAGAUUGUUUACUGUAAAGGUUGUCAUUAAUCCAGGAUUUCUCCAUUGUAAGAAUUUAUUAUUAUUAUUUAUAGACUUUUCAUUUUUUUUGUCCAGUUGUUUGAUUAAUGAAUUCUUUCAGCUGAUUGUUGACAGCAAUAUGUUGAAGAUAUCAAAACUUUUCUUUUACCAAAUGAGAAAAUGUUUUACUUUUUCAUGAUUCAGCUAAUUCAAAGUUAAUAAAAUGCACUUUUGUAUUUGUGGUCAAUUCAUAUUUUUGGUACUACAAAUGUUAAAGUUUAUGCACUUUUUGAAUUUCCAAAUAUAUUGUCAAAUUGUCUUUAUAAAAAUGUUAUUAGGUUUUACCAAAUAUCUCCCACCCAUGUGAUUCAAGUCCCAUAAAUAAAAAGAAUUUAAAUGUGCAAAAACCUUUAUUUGCUUACUUUGUCAAUGUCAACAAUUUAAACAUUAGCGUUUAUACAUAGUAAAGUGCUGCAUAAACAAAUGUACAAUUAUGAACAACUUAGCAUCUUGUGCUUUAUGCAAAACAUGCAUUUUGAGUAAACAGCUUUUUUUUAACUUUGUAAACAUGUAAUACAGAUAAAAGUAUUGAUGAAAAAAACAUGUAAAUAUGCAAUUAUGAACAACUUAGCAUCUUGUGCUCUACACAAAGCGUGCUUUGAGUAAACAGUGUUUUUAUUUUGUAAACAUUUAACACACAGGUAAAAGUCCUGAUUAAAAAAUAUAUAUAAUGUAUAAAUCUGCAAUUAAGCAUGGUAUAACAAUCAGGUCUAGCAAAAACAACUUGUAACAGACCUGUACAACUACAUGCUACACAUAAAAUUAAAGAUUGUAAUAUUCUGGA